AUGGCUUCGAUCGUCGUCGGUGACAUCCUCCCGGACGGAGAAUUGGCUUGGCUCGAUGAGAGCGACCAAUUGCAUAUGAUCCCUGCACACUGGCUUGCCGCCGGCAAGAAGGUCGUUCUCUUCGGAGUCUCCAGAGCUUUCACACCCAUUUGCAGCAUGAAACAUGUCCCCGAUUUUAUUGAAAGUGCAGAGGAACUCAAAUCCAAAGGCGUCAACGAGAUCCUCGUCAUCAGCGUUAACGAUCCAUUUGUGACAAAGGCAUGGACUGAGUGGUAUCCUAAGAACAGGCAUGUGAAAUUCCUAGCUGAUGAUUCUGGCACUUACACUCAUGCCCUUGGGUUGGCACUGGACCUCUCCGAUAAGGGUCUGGGCACUCGAUUGCGAAGGUUUGUUCUCCUCAUCGACGACCUUGUGGUGACAGUUGCGAAUAUUAAAGAAGGGCGAGAAUUCACUCUAGGAAUCACUGUGUUUAUCUGUUAG